UGAUAGUGGUUGCUAGUACAAAACUUGAGUCCGAGUGACGUCGGCAGCAAACCAGAUCAUCGUUGCCCGCGCUCAACGGUACCCGCAUCACUCGUAAUUCUUUUGAUAUUGAUCAGCAGUGAAAACCGAUCAACAGUCCUUAGGUCACGCCAAAAUUUCUCAGUAGAAUACAUCGUCAUGAGUAACAAGAAUCUUGCCCUCGCCUUUCUUCUGAUGGGCAUGGUGGCAAAUUUUCAAGGGCAUUGUAAUGACCUGCCAAGAUUUUCUGAGCCUAUUCCGAACGUCACAGUUCCUGUUGGUCGCGAUAUUGAGUUUCCGUGUAUUGUGGAAAACCUUGGAAACUACAGAGCUGCUUGGUUGAAGAUAGAGUCAAAGGCAAUACUAUCAAUUCAUCAAAAUCUCAUUACCCGAAACUACCGGAUAAGUUUGAGCCACUCAGACAACAAGAAUUUUGUUUUGCAUCUUAAGAACGUUCAGAAAUCGGACGUAGGUAGUUACAUGUGCCAGCUGAACACGGUACCCAUGAUGAGCCAAGUUGGACAUCUGGAUGUGUUGUUUCCUCCUGAAAUAAGCCUGAAAAGUUCUAUUGCUGAUGAACUAGUACGAGAAGGAUCCAACGUCACUUUUUCUUGCUUGGCGAAAGGAUAUCCGACCCCAAAAGUCACCUGGCGACGAGAAGAUAAUCGCCCUAUACUUAUUCAAACCAGUGAUGGAACUACACAAUAUAUGGACACCUAUGAAGGCGAGCACUUAGGUCUCGUAAGCAUCAACAGAGAACAUUCCGGUGCUUAUCUAUGUAUUGCCGUCAAUGGUGUACCUCCUUCAGUCAGCAAGAGGCUCAUGCUCUACGUGGAAUACUCCCCAGCCAUAACUGUCCCUAAUGGUUACCUCGGAGCUGAACUGAAAACAACUGCUGUCCUGACCUGCUUGGUUGAUUCAUUUCCUUCUCCUCGUAUCUACUGGGUUAAAGGAAACGGAACCGGUCUCAACUCAGGAAGGAAAUAUGACAUCAAAGUGAGUCCUGCCGAGGAAAAGAAGAUUGAAGGCAUUCUUAGGAUCCAUAACCUCCAAAAAAUGGACCUGGGAGUUUAUAAGUGUUUGGCCAAAAAUCUCGUAGGAAUAGCUGUAGCGGAAAUCUAUUUAUAUGAAUUACAACCAAAGACAACGACUACAAAAGCAACAACAAGCGAAUACUUUAGUCUUAUCGUUACAGCGCCAGAAGGUGGUCGAAAUAACAUCAGUGAUGAUGAUGAUGAUUCAACUGCCAUAGCAACAAAGUUAGGAACCCUUGAAGAUUCUUCAAUAGGGGAGUACUAUCCACUGUAUGAAGAUGCCUCAAACAUACAAAAAGAAGCGAAUACGAGAAUAAACAGCCACGGACAAAGUUCCGUUUCGAAUGGUUGGCGUGGAUCUCAACUUGGAAGUCCGAUGUACUUCUUCAUCUUAUCUUUUCUCCUGACCACGACGUCUGAAGUAAUCACGUGAUCCGGUGUACUGGAAAUAACUCCUUACUUUUUCUGUAAUUCUUCAUGAUGUAUCAUAGGUUCCGAACAAAUCCCUGCUUUAAUGGUAAUUACAUAUAGCAAGCAAACUAAACUUACUUUUGUAAAACACGAGCGAGCCUACAUAAACAUUUGUUGAAUGAUCAAAUCUUUCGUGAAUAUCAGAUUACUUAAUAGAAACAAAGUCGUGUUCUAAAGUUCUAAGCAUUUACGCGCGUUUGAAAGCUUCAAAACAAAACCUAAAGUCUCAUAAUUAAAUUUAAAAAAUAUUAAAUUGCAUUUGUGCAUGUGUAUGAAUAGGAUAAACAAAGAAAAAUCAUAUCAUUAUGACACGGACGACUUCUCUAAUUUGCGUUUAGAUUCAUUGUAAUAUUCCUAAACUAAGUUAACAUGUAGCUCCCUAUGUUCAGCUAUAUAAUUAUUAUUAAUUCUGUAAAUAAUAAUAAUAAUAUUAAGAUAAUUCAGUAAUGUAAAAUGUAAAUUCCAUCAGCACAGGUAAAUAACAGAAAAUUAAACGCAAUGCUUCAUACGUCCUACACCCUUUUUUUAUAUAAUAUCGAAUUCACUCCAUCGUAACAAGGCAGUGUAACCAUCGCUUAUUUGUAUAGUGUGGCUGUGUGUGUAUAUAUAUACAUAUAUAUAGAUAGAUAGAUAUAGAUAUUUUUGUCUGUAACUGUGAUGUUUCAUUGACU